AUGUAUUCCGAUACGAUACUCAAGCAGUGGUGUGACGAGCACCGUUUAAGAGGUCCGUCUGUGAAGAAUGAACCUGCAUUCUAUCAGAAUCUCGAGCGAGCCCUAGAUUCUCGUCGCCAGGCGCACAAUUUGGUUUCUCUGAAGCCGCGAUGGGACGAGACCGUAGCGGACUUCACCAGUGCGGAUUUUCUCUCCCUCACGCGCACUGGCCGACUUCGCGAGGCCUUUCUGGCCGAGCUUGCUCUCCAUCCUGAUUUUGAACUGGGCGCGUCAGGAUCUCGGGCCCAAUAUGGCAAUUAUACUUACAUCAACCAGGUGGAGCAAGAAAUUGCAGAUUUCCAUGGCGCCGAAACGGCAUUUAUCACCCCUUCGACCUACGCAGCCAACCUGGGCGUCCUAUCCAGCGUUCCGCUGCCGGGGGAUGCAAUCGUAUACGAUGAGCUGAUACACGCAAGCAGUCACGAAGGCUUCCGCCUUAGCCUAGCAGAGCAGACCGUGCCAUUCAGCCAUAAUGACCCGGAGGGGCUGCGUGAGGUUCUGGUGCGGCUUAAGAAGGAACAGCCGGCCUUCGAGGCGGGAUCGAGAUCUGUGUUGAUAUGUGUUGAGUCCAUUUACAGUAUGGAUGGUGACAUCUGCCAGCUCCAAGACCUUGUUCGAACAGCGGAGGAGGAAUUUCCUCUUGGAAACGCGCAGUUCAUUAUGGACGAAGCUCACAGCAUCGGAGUAAUUGGUGACAAAGGCAGGGGCUUGGUAUCUAUGCUCGGCCUGGAAAAGUCAAUAGCCAUUAGAAUUCAUGCGGUAAGCAAGGCCAUAGGUGCGCUCGGAGGCGUAAUAAUGGGCAACAAAACUGUGAGGGCCAUGAUAGUGAACAACGCACGUUCUUUGACCUACAGCUGUGCACCUUCAUUCCCAAUGGUGGCUUCUAUUCGCGCUGGCUAUCGGCUACUGAUUAGCGGAGAAACACAGCAGCCACAAGAAAGAAUACAGCAGAACGUGAAGCAUUUGCUCGAGCUGCUCACGUCAGAUCCCAUUAUCGACGACGCCAGAGAUGAGGGAAUACUGUGGAUACCACACAUCGAAGAUUGGGAGCAGCGCGAUGUGCAGACUCAUAUCGUGCCCUUGUGCACGCGAUCUCGCCACGAGCUGUUCCUGUUUUUUCACUUGUUGACGAAUAACUUUAAUGCCUAUCCCUUCUCGUUCCCCGUUGUGCCUAAAGGCCAAAGCCGAGUGAGACUGGUAAUUCACGCGCAUAAUACGGUCGAGCAAAUUGAGAAGCUAGCUUCCGUGAUAAGCGACUGGGCCGCCGAGAUGCUAGACAUAGAAAACGGCGAGUCAGACAAGCAGCUUCCUGAUGCGGCUCGUCAACUUUACGCAAUGCAGGAUGCUCUGACGGUCUGA